GCCUCGGCUGGGGGAGGGCAGGAGGCGGAGGGAGGGAACCGGGAAGAGCCGGGACGGCAGAGCCACCGCCAGCUGCAGGACGUCGCCGCGCUCCCGGGACCCGACCCUGCAGCCCCGCCGGGUCCGCGCUGCCCCACCCGGGACGCCCCGAGGCCAGGCUCCAGCAAGCUCGCCGCCUCCGUGCAGGUCGCCCCGCAGGUCUCCCAGGUUAAGGAACUGUGACCAUCUGCAGUUCCCGGAGCCUGGGAGAGGUCAAGUCUAGAACGGUCGUGGUUCUGAGCUGCACGGAGGGAAGGAGCCCCGACCCUCCUUAUUUUGCUUUGCUGUAGAAAAGAUGUUGUAGGUGACUUCCCAGCUCGAUGGCUGCUGGGCUGUGAGCUGGGUUCGUUUCCGAAGGGGGCGACGCCAAGUGCUUUCCAAGACUGAAGCCCAUUAAACCCACUCCAUCACCCCUGGCAACCGCUGUUCUACUUCAGCCUUUAGGAUUUUGACAACUCUACUACUGCAUCUCUGGUAACAAAGGAAUUAGAAGAAUAUCUUGCCCCAAGCCACCCAGCAGUGCUCAGCAACUCCGGGCCUCUCUGGGGAACUUUGGAUUUGCCUCAAAAGAUACUUCAAGAACUGAACAGAGAAUUCCUGAGCAAGCUGCCUGAUUUGCCUGUAUUCGCUUAUUCUGUGUCCCAUAAAGAACCAGACCAAUCAAAUUGGUGGUUUUUGCUUUACAGCUGUGGAUGCCUUUGACAUUAUGACUGCAGAGGAUUCCACCGCAGCUAUGAGCAGCGACCCAGCCACCGGCUCUUCGGCCAAGGUGCCCGAGGGGGUGGCAGGCGCACCCAAUGAGGCAGCGCUCCUGGCACUGAUGGAACGCACCGGCUACAGCAUGGUACAGGAGAAUGGACAGCGCAAGUAUGGGGGUCCCCCGCCCGGCUGGGAGGGCGCGCAUCCCCAGCGCGGUUGUGAGGUCUUCGUGGGCAAGAUCCCGCGCGACGUGUACGAGGACGAGCUGGUGCCGGUGUUCGAGACGGUGGGCCGCAUCUACGAGCUGCGCCUCAUGAUGGACUUCGACGGCAAGAACCGCGGCUAUGCGUUCGUCAUGUACUGCCACAAGCAUGAGGCUAAGCGCGCCGUGCGGGAGCUCAACAACUACGAGAUCCGUCCAGGCCGCCUGCUGGGCGUGUGCUGCAGCGUGGACAACUGCCGUCUCUUCAUCGGAGGCAUCCCCAAGAUGAAGAAGCGUGAGGAGAUCCUGACUGAGAUCGCCAAGGUCACCGAGGGCGUGCUGGACGUGAUAGUGUAUGCCAGCGCGGCUGACAAGAUGAAGAACCGAGGCUUUGCCUUCGUGGAGUACGAGAGCCACCGUGCAGCGGCCAUGGCGCGCCGCAAGCUCAUGCCAGGGCGCAUCCAGCUGUGGGGCCACCAGAUCGCGGUGGACUGGGCUGAGCCUGAGAUGGACGUGGAUGAAGACGUGAUGGAGACCGUGAAGAUCCUCUACGUACGCAACCUCAUGAUCGAGACGACCGAGGACACCAUCAAGAAGGUCUUCGGCCAGUUCAACCCGGGCUGCGUGGAGCGCGUCAAGAAGAUACGCGACUAUGCCUUCGUGCACUUUGCCAGCCGUGAGGAUGCGGUGCACGCCAUGAACAACCUCAACGGCACGGAGCUGGAGGGGUCCUGCCUGGAGGUCACGUUGGCCAAGCCUGUGGACAAGGAGCAGUACUCCCGCUACCAGAAAGCAGCCAAGGGCGGUGGCUGUGCAGCAGAGGCGGUUACACAGCAGCCCAGCUACUUAUACUCCUGCGACCCCUACGCAUUGGCUUACUACAGCUAUCCCUACAACACGCUCAUCGGGCCCAACAGGGAGUACUUUGUGAAAGCAGGCAGUGUAAGAGGCCGAGGGCGAGGUGCGGCUGGUAACAGAGCCCCAGGACCUAGGGGUUCCUACCUUGGAGGAUAUUCUGCUGGUCGUGGUAUAUAUAGCCGAUAUCAUGAAGGGAAAGGAAAACAGCAAGAAAAAGGAUAUGAACUUGUGCCGAAUUUGGAAAUCUCUACUGUCAAUCCAGUUGCCAUUAAACCUGGUACAGUGGCCAUCCCUGCCAUCGGGACCCAGUAUUCCAUGUUUCAGGCAGCCCCGACCCCUAAAAUGAUUGAAGAUGGUAAAAUCCCCACAAUGGAGCACAUGAUAGGCCCCAUUGCUGUGCAACCAGACCCAGCCAGUGCUGCUGCUGCCGCCGCCGCCGCCGCUGCUGCCGCCGCCGCCGUCAUUCCUGCGGUGUCCACACCACCACCUUUCCAGGGCCGUCCAAUAACUCCAGUGUACACCGUGGCUCCCAAUGUUCAGAGAAUUCCCACUGCCGGCAUCUAUGGGGCCAGCUACGUUCCCUUUGCUGCGCCGGCCACCGCCACGAUUGCCACACUACAGAAAAAUGCGGCAGCCGCUGUGUAUGGAGGAUAUGCCGGCUACAUACCUCAGGCCUUCCCCGCUGCUACUAUUCAGGUGCCCAUUCAUGACGUCUACCAGACUUACUGAGACCAUGACCAGAGCAAAGACAAGCCACAAAAACACCGCUGAAGGAACACUUUAUUAUUUAUGAAGAAAGAACGUGUGAGAUUAGCACACGUGCGAAACCUGCAAGUGAAGAAUGUUAUCAAAUAUCACACUGAAAUAUUUUAUACAUGAAGUUUUCACUAGUUUUUUAAAGACUUUUCAACUUAGCAGGCCUGUGUUCAUACAUUUCUAAGAGACUUGCAACAAACGGUAUUCAUGCCUUAAUUCCAUCUUUUAAAAAUUUGUACACUGUACUAUGUUUGUAUAGAGGUUUUGUUUUGUUUUUUAAGGAUAUAUUUUCAGUAUGAAGGUUAUUUUCUUAACUUCUGCACUCCAGAGAUGUCUAUUUUGUAGUACUUUCAAUAAUAUAUCAGCUCUAUAUCAAAAAAAAAGCAUACUUGAGCAGGUAGGGGACUAUUUUGAGAAAUAUAUUCAAUAUUUAAGGAUACAGGCUAUAGUGCUUUAAAAUGCUACAGGAAACAUUAUUUUAAAGAUGAUACUGGAAAGUGCAAUUUUUAAUGAGUGGAACCUCUGCUGUAUUUCCGCUGUCAUUAAGGGUUGACGAUGAUGCCAUGUGUUACCAUGUUGCUUUCUGUUUCUUAAAUGGAAUAGUCUCUCCUUAAGCCAAUAAGGAAAAGAUUCGUCAUACCAGGAGUCCCAACACUGGAAAGCUCUCACCUGCUGCCACUACCUUGGGCUCCCUCUCCAUGUGUCUUUAUUGUUAAAUGUGUCCCGCCCCACUCCCGCUCACCUUUCCCCUCCUUCCUUAGUCCCAGUCCAACUUUGAAGUUUCACAAGUCUCAGAAAAAUGGAUAAUUGUGAUAGAGAAAAGAACUGGUGACUUUUAUACUUCUUCCUGGGGUUUGGUUGGAGUGUCUAUUUUUUUAAAUUUUGUUUUGUUUUGUCGGGGUGGUUUUUUUCUCUUUUUUUGGAUGGAAGGUGUUAUCUUCUAUAUGUGCUAUUUUUCAAUAGCAGGACUCAUGUAAGCACAGGUUUUAAUAUGUUUGCAUAGGACAUCUUUGCAUAGCUAUUUAAAUUGUUCAGUAUAAAACUUUAUUCCCUUUCUAAUGCUUUUAUUGUAUUCAUUUUUGAAGUCUGAGUUUUUAGAGACAAAGAAUGUAUGCGAUUGUAGACAAGACCCUCAAGACUUGUCGGGAGGAAGUUAAGCGUCUAGUUGCCUUACUGUGUUUCAUGCAGAAUGUCUGUGGUCAUCAGGGAUGUUGGUUGGAACCAUUAUGUUUGUUGAACAGGGCUUUCCUCCAUUGCUGUGCACUUAGCAGGUAAACUUGGGGCAUGCAUAUCCAGGAAGAGAGAUCUGUAGAAAUUAUAAGAGCAUUUGUAAAUAUCUUCUAAUGCUUGCUUUUAGUCCUUUUGUGUUGCCGAAGUUCGUGGUAUAUAGUUUAAUACAGAAUGCAACAAUUUUAUUUCAGUUUUUCAAAAAGGUUGUUUAUUAGCAAGUAAAGCAUGUAUGCAGUGUUUUGUGCCUGUCUAAAAGCUUUUCUUCAGCAGAGUGAAUGUAAAAUACAGUAAAAUGUUAGGAUUGUCAUCUGUUAUGAAUUACGCCAGCUUGUUUUUCUCUAAAAGGCUCGGUCAAGGAAGUAAGGUGUGCAAUAAGGUAGCAAACACACAGUUGUGUUUUUAUGUCAUAAGAGAGUUCAUCUCAUUGACUCUUCUUAACCACCAGAUUGUUUUGCUGAUGGACUGAAUUCUUGAAUAUUUGUGAAUCCACAAUAGGAUCACGCCCCUAGCAAAUACUCUUAGGGUUUUUGUUGGUGGUUUUUGGUUUGUUUGUUUUUUUUUAAGAGAUUCCAAAAUACCUUCUUUCUCCCUCAGCUUGAUGGGGUGAAUUUUUAUAUAUAAGGUAUAUUUAUUUAACUAUUCUAUAAGAUUAUUGAGUGCCUGCCAAGGCCUUUAAACAUUCCUGACUUUUUCCUCUUCAUCAUUGUUGAAUGGCAUAAAGUAGCCUCGCAGUGUUAGGAUGCACCCAGCAAGCUACACUCAAACAUAGCUGUGUUGGGAUGAGGGACUCGAUAAAAGGCAACUUCAAUCAAGUCCUCAUCCCUUGACUGGUGGGAGGGAAGAAGUAUUCUCCUUCCCUAGAGGGACGGUCACAGAGAGAUUCGGGGAUGAAACUCUAACCCCAUGUUCUUACUGUAUUUUACAUGUGCCUGGAAAAUAUUUGCCAAAAAAGAAAGAAAAAAAAAGCACUGUCUUAACAUGGCAACUACCAAACUACCUUAAAAACAAGUGUUGGUACAGCCAGUAUAGUGUCAGUGGCCCUCCUGUCUGUGGUCUUGUUUCUGUUGUUUCAAAACCAUUUCAUGUACACUACUGAGGUGAGCUUAUAACUUGAAAUGUGAACUUUUUUUUUAGGGUUAAGAACAAAACUAAUAUAAAUGUUUAAAAAGUUUUUGAGUUCUGUUUUUAGACAUGCUACUAGUUUAGUUGUCUUUAGCUUUGUAUUUGAAAAGCUUUUUAGCUCUUGCUGCAUUUACAGCACAUGCUUAAGAUGUAUGUGGUAAAUAAAGCUUUCUUUAAAGCAGUUUCAAGA